AUGGCCUCACCACCACCUCACAGCAAGUCCGAAGGAAGGACAGCGGCCACUCACCUUACUGGACUCCGAGAUCCUCCAGAGACACUCCAAGACAGAAUCUCUCAAAACCCGCAACGCAAUUCGUCUCACUCACUUGGGGAAGACAAUGGUCUUAUGCCACUUACAUUCGAAAAUCUUGAAGCCGCAGCUGCUCUAGGCCCCAACAACAACAACCACAACUUCACCAUUUCGGAGCAUCUCUUCAUCCAGAUCCCCUUGCCGUUCAGCGACCUCGACGACGAAAACGACGACGACUCCCUGCCAACAGCAGAGAUCACUCCUCCGGGCUCAUCAACAAUGGCCUCCUCGUCACCACCCUCUCGCUGCUCGUCACCACCACCAGCACCACCAGCACCACCAGCACCACCAGCACCACCAGCACCACCAGCACCACCAGUACCACCAGCACCACCAGCACCACCGCCACUACUACUACCGCCUCCCCCGGCACAGGUUCCGGGCAUCUGGAAAUGGCAGUGCCACCACUGUAAGCACCGCCAGCUGGUCGCCGCAAGACAGUGCCUCGAGUGCGGACAUAGGCGCUGCCUCAGGAUCUCGCGAAACACGGAGCGGCUUUCGGCCAGCGAGCACCGCAAGAGGGCAAGGGAGAGGUACAUGAAGUCGCGCUGGGGAAAAGGAGAACAAGACGCUGCUGGGGAGCACAUGCAAAUGCAAAGGCAAGGACAAGGGCAAACGCAAGAGAAGCUUGUCACGGCAGAGGGAGAGAUGGGCGAGAGGCGGAGACACAAGGUCAAGGUUCGCAGUGAGCGCAGCAAGGACUGCGGAUCUGGCACUGAUGCAGCCGAGGCAUCAACGAGCAGCGAGCCACUGUCAUCAUCAGAAGCCGAGAGUAGCUCUGGGUCUGCCAGCCAAGACGAUGGUCACGACGCCAUCGGAACUGCUCAGGGUGUGACCAAGGCGAACAACCACGCCGACGAGCCAUCCCCGCUGUCCGAGAUCGCAAGCAUCGCCACCACGACGACAUCGUCCAUGUCGGAACCAGCUCUGUCACUGCAACCACAGCAGUCUCAACCAGCGGCAGCAGAGACAAAAUCAUCAAGUGAAGGUCUACCACCACCACGCGCAUGCCCACCGAUCCCUCCUCCUCCCCCUUCUUCAUCACCAACAAGUCCCCCUCCCUCACCCACAACUCCUCCGCCACACCGACAGAAGGCCGGUGCCCCCACGGCGUAUGAAAUACAAGCCCAUCACAAGCGCAAGCGCAGCCAGACGCAGUCGUGCCAAGAGCACUUUGACUACACCGCGUGGAACGAGUGGGGCGAGUGGCGGCGCGAGGUCAAGCUCAGGCGCCUGGCGCGGGACAUGCAGGCAGAGCAGGAUGAGCAGGAGGCGUGGAUGAAGGCGAACGAGGCUUACACGAAUUCGCUGAUGAUGAUGACAACGACGACGACGACGACGACGACGACGAUGGAAGAGCAAGAGCGCAGGCGGGAACAAGGGGAGGAGAUGGGAGCAGGAGGACGAGAGCAGGCAGAUUUCGUCAACGACCGCAGCCAGGUUAUUGCAACUGCUUGCGAUGAUUACGAUGGACAAAUCGCCGACACCGGGGAUUUCGCGUCGGGCACCGAUACAACCGCACAGCAACAAGAUAGAGAACAGCCGGCACAGGGGAAAAGCCAGCACGGGUCGAGCCCGGGCCCCCGCCCGCCUACACAGGACUGGAGCAAGAGAUUUGAGCCCGACUGCUGGGCCGACUGCAGAUAUCCAGGCCAAUGCAAACGGCACGACAGAAGCGCCGCCGCAGAAAAGCAGUGGCACCAGCAGCGCAUCGACAAGGAUGUGUAUCACAAUCCUGAUCGCGGCGUUCAGAGAAAGCACAAGGCGGACUGGGAAAACAAGACGGCCGAUUGA